AUAGCCGUCAGCACGCAGGACCCAGAAGAUGCAACAAAUCAGCAUCAUUACAGCAGGGACGGGAGCUCCAGGCCGCUCCAGAUGGUAGAGAGGUGAGGCCUGGGUUCAGGGGCCAAGGGCCUCCUCCAGGGCUGCACCCUUUCACCAGCGGGAUCCUGCCACCUGCUGGGACCCUCCUGCCUCCCCACAGGUCUUCCUGGGAGAAUCCCACCUGGAGGCUGCAGCCACCUGCUUAGGCAUGCGCUCCAAGGCCAAGAAGCCUGUGGUGCUGCCCACGGUGGAGCAGAUCCUGGAGGAUGUGCGUGGGGUGCCGGCCCAAGACCCUGUCUUCACCACACUGGCCCCGGAAGACCCCCCAGGAGACCCCAGGAGGAGUGAGGACCCUGAAGCCCAGCGAGAGCGGCUGUACCAGCAGAGCUGGGCCUACAUGGCCGCCAAUGUGCAGCUGCAGCGGGCAUGUGAGGGGCUGAGGCAGCAGUGCCAGGGCCUGCAGUGAGCCGGUGCAGAGCUGGAGCUGGGCAUCGGACAUGUGACACGUGCAGUGCUGCCCGGCGCCUUGGCCACCACCUCCUCCAGCUGACCUGGGCCCUUCCCCACCCCUAGCACCGGCUGGACCCUGUGUGGGCACCCAGGACCACCUCCCCCCAGCAGACUCUGCCCUUCUCAUGGGGCCACUGUGUGCUCCCUUGCCCAGCGCUGGCCUGGCGCACCACUCCCAGGCCAAGAGGGGACUCCGCGGACCUCAUGCUGCACUCCUGGGCAAGAGCCACCCCUUCAUUGCCACAGGAGAGGCUGAUGCAGUGGACAGUGGAGUGGCCAUGGGUCAGGCCCUGGACACCCUCCCUGGGAUACAGGCCCUGCCGGCCCCCAGCUCCCUGCAUCCCUGGGGGCAAGGCUGAGCCCCAGGGCCACAGGAGUUUCUCUUCCACUGCCUGAUCCUCAGAGACCCCAGCCAUAGCUGCUCAGCCAGGGCAGAGACCCCCCAGCCCACCGGGCACUGUCAGGCCUGACAGAGCCUGGGCCACAGCCAAGGAUGCAGACAGACAGAGACGCCCCAGUGGGACCGUCUUCCCAUGCCAGCGGGGACUCCUGGCCUCCCUGCUCGUGGCCAGCAUGGGAGGCCUGCCCCUGCCCCCCCAUACAGCAGAGGAGGCAACUGGACAGCUCCAUUUAUUAAAGUUGUACGUGGUCCUUCCAUUAGCCAGCGGCUUUACAUGGGGUGCUGAGGAGCGGCGUGCUGUGUACACGUGAGACGGAUGCUGCAGGGUGUGGGGAACAGGCGGGUGGGUGGAGGGAAGGCCGCCAAGUGGCCGCCGAUCCUGAGUGGCCCUGGAAAUGGCCGGGGAGGGUACUGGUGUCCAGGGUCAGGGGCUGGGCAAGACCCGGUCCCCAGGACAGGGCCUGCAGCCCCACCUCAGCUCCAUUGUCCAAAGGUCACUCUGUGAUCUCCCCAUGAUGGGCGGAGUGAGCUGUGCCUGCAUCUCCCCCUCACUGCUCCGGGAGCAGCCCCGAGCCCCAGGCCUGGGGACACCCAGCAGUCCAUGUGUGCGGAGGCCUUGGGCGCUGCCUCACCCCCACUGCUGGCCAUCUCCUGUCCGGCUGCCCUAGGAUCCCCAGGCCCCCUGCUUGGCAGCCAUGGCCUAGAAGGAAGCGCGUGGCACCUGGGGUGUGCCCUGGAGCUUGGGGGCCACCCCUGCUCCUCCUGCGCUGAGUCCUGUGGGGCACAGGUGGGGCCUGAAGGGGGCACCCACUUGGGCUGCUGCCUGCAGCCGUCUGGCCAAGGCCCAAGGCUGUGGAGCACAGGACACAGCAGGUGGAGCGCCCUCCCUGGGGAUGGGUUGCAGAGGUAGCCCUGCUGGGUAGCCACCCGCAGGUUCCCUUCCCCCAGCCUGAUUCUGCAGGAAAGAUGUCGCUGGCUGUCUCUGCAGUGUGCUCUUCCGUGGAGAUGGGCAGGGCCGCGGGUCCCCCUCUCCUGCUGAGUUCAGGCUCCUGGGGUGUGAUGAGGCUAUGGCCCCUGGGCUCUGAUGGCCCUGGAGUCCCGUGGUCCUGGUGCUGUCCGCGUGGUUCGUGCAGAGGAAGCUGGGAGGGAGGCACAGAGCCAGGCGCCCCCCCCCAUGCCUGCCUUGCCCACCAGUGGUGUCCCAGGGUAGCAGGGUUAGCCCAACCCCAGCAUCCCCCGAGGAACCCCGUCCCUCUAACACACCUGCUGGCCUCCAGCCUCCCCCACAGGGUGAGUGGGUGUCCAGGGUAGCCUGGCGACCCCCUUCCCUCCCUGCUACCUUUCCCUCAGGCCCCCAGGGGCGCAGUCUGGGCUCCAGCCCACACCCCUGCUCCCCCAGCUGAGGCUGGGAGUGGAAACCAACUGGCGGAACCCUCAUUAAGGAAUUAGCAGGAGCAGUAAUUACAGGCUCCUGUCCUGCUCAGUGGUGACAGCCCCAGCCCGCCUCCUGAGCCUGCUCCCUCCCCCGGCCGGGUGAGCCUUGGGGUUCCAGUAGUGGCUCCCCCGGGGUCGCCUCUAGGGCGGGCACUUGCACCCCAUUCCCUUCUGAGACCAGGCCUUGGCGAGGUGAGGCCGCGGUGAGCUGGUCUGCUAGGCGCAUCUGCACAACAUCCGCCAGGCUGGCCGCGGCCUACUCCAGGGAACCGGCGUGGGGAGGGCUCAGGGACUUCUCCAUGGUGGAGUCCAUGGUGGCCAAGGCAGCUGCCAUGGGGCUGGGCAUGUAGUUGAAGGGCGGGACGCGCCUCGCGGCUCGGGGAGCGUGCUGGCUGG